GGUAGAGAAGAAUUUUACCCGAAAUUUGGUUUAUCUUGGAGGUUUUUAGGUUCCCUUUGUUUUGGGAGGAGAGUUGGUAGUUCAAUUGAUAUAUCAAUGGCGGAGGAGACAUCGAGAGGUGGCCACAGCAGUGUUUAUGCGCUUGGUAGCGGCAGUGGGGGAGGCGCUGGUUGCGGGUUGAACAGCGGCGGGGGUUGUGGUACUUGUGGGGAGAGUGGGCACUCAGUGAGGGAGUGUACAAGUGGAGACCCCUUGUUCUUACAAAGAGGGGAAAGGGUUUACAAAGCUUGUUAUAACUGCGGCUCUAUCGAUCACUUGGCGAGAGAAUGCAAUCGUGGCCGCGGUGGUGGAGGGGCGUGCUAUACUUGCGGGGGACAAGGCCACUUGGCAAGGGAGUGCCUGAGUGGUGGAGGGGCAUGCUAUACUUGCGGGGGUCAAGGCCACUUGGCAAGGGAGUGCCCGAGGGGUGGAGGUGGUGGUGGUGGUGGAAGAUUCGGUGGCAGUGGAAAAUGAUAAUGCCCUAAUAAGUCAGGAGCUUGAAAAAGAGUAAUCGGAUUGAUUGAUCUCUUUUUCUUACCUUCUUUUGUUGCCUUCUAUUUACGGAGAAAGCUAAUUCUGUUCAGCUUUUCUUUUUGGUGGGUUAUAGGUUGGAUUUUUCUUUUGACAAAAUGGGUGCCCAAACCAAUAUGCUCGAACCUCGCCUAAUCUUAUAAUACCAAUCUCAUCGGUUUCCUCAUUGAUGCACUUCUCAAUUGCUAUGCUUUUGGUAUAUCAGUGAAUUUCAUUUUUUCA